CGGCGCGUCGCUCAGUCGCCAGAGAGCGCUUCGCACGUGCGUUACGUUCUUUCGCGCUCUCCGAAGUAAAAUUUUUUUUUUCUUCUCAUUGCUCGCCCCACUACCAAAACCACUGCGCACUCGACAAUUAUUUAAAAUAAAAUUAUCACUAACCCAGUGUAACGGCCGAUGGAGACAGACGUAUGAGUGAACGAAGUGAAGUGUUUAAGUGGUACAUUCGAUAUUUGGGAUUUAUCGUGUGAUCUGUCGUUUAGGCGGGAAGAGGAAUUAUUUGACGAGUGGCGUCUGCUCAGUGACGAAUCACGUGCUCUGGGUGUUGGGGACGUGCAAUAAUCCGUUUGGAUAAUUGAACGGUUGAGUGGAUUAAUGGUUGAAUCGGUGCUGUGAGUUCAUUAUAUUUUUUUGAUUAUUUUUUUUUUAUCUUUUUUUGGUGCGGAUUGUUAAUUAUUGGACGGGGAUUUUUCACUCCCGCUACCAGCGUCUACCAUUCGAAUACCACGUAACCAACUCAUUCCUCCUCUGGAGCACGCAAGUGCGUGCAACGUUGCCGGAUUGGAUAUCGAGAAAGCCCCGCCGUUUUACGAACUCUGGGGGAACUCUCGUUAUUACGGUGUUGCCAGGAGAGAGAAAGAGACAUAAAGAAAAAAAGAUAGAACCUCGGAGAGUGGGAGUUGAUGCUGUUGUGUUGGUGAGGGAGAGAGAGAAUUUGAGGGACUUUUGACCCAGUGAUACUAGAUUCCAAGUAACUCCGGAGUUUUACUAUUAAAAAAUUCAACCUCAGUAAAAAAAAAAACUCGACUAUUCAGAUAAAUGGAGAGUUAACCUCUUCCGCAUCGUGUUUCAUCGUCUGAAAAGGCGUAUUUGCUGCGUUGCCAAGGAGAAAAAAAAAAAAAAAUUGAGAGACCUAGUGAAUUGGAAUAGUUGAUACAUGUUGGAGUGACUCCAUUACAGAUUCCAGGAAAGAUAUCUCAUUGUGGGGUUAGGGAGAAAUAAAAAUAGUUAACGAUUGACCGAUGAAGUCGGUUGCGGUGAAUUGUUGGUGAAGUGUCUGGGGGUUGGAGAUUUAUUAAUUGGCGGAAUUAUUGUUGGUGCAGUUGUGAAAUAUGAGCGCUAGAGUGAUGAAUCCUGGGACGAUGAGUGAGAUGAGGAAUUUAGGUGGUGGAAAAAGGGCUACUCCUAAUAGGGAUGCGUUGGCUAGAGUCCGACGGGAUUUGUUUGGACCGGUGGAUCAUGCAGCGGCGCGGGCGCUUGCUGAGAGAGAAUUGAAGGAACAAUCCGUUAUGGAUGCUAAGAGAUGGGGUUUUGAUUUUCGUUUGGAGAUGCCAACUGACAACUCGAGGUACGAUUGGCAGGUGAUUGAGCCACAGGAAGGGGUACAGGAGUCUUAUGCGCUGAGGGGUAUGCCGUACUUGAGGAGAAGUACAGAGUCAUCGCCUAGGAAAAAUGAUAGUCCCGGGUGGAAGAGACGAGCUAGUGUUUCACCCAUGGCUACUGAUGGACCCUUUCAGAGCACCUCGGAGAAAACUCCACCUCAGGUGUCCAGGGUACCUGGCAUUGGUGAAGAUCCUGAGGAAUUGCCCAAGGAGAAUAACAGGAAGGAGAGGGUCAAUGUUGAACCAACUACUCCGGUCUUACCCGUCGCUGCGAGGAAACAGAGCAGUAUCACAGACUUCAUGAAGAGUCGCAAACGUACGCUGAUCGGUACAAAGAAGAUAAUUGUGGAGCCACCGGAGAAAAUUGCCCGCAAUGCGGGUCAAAUACGCAGCUAAACCGAUCAUCCCGUUGUUUUUUACGUAUCCUAUUUUACUUACUCCUCAUUGUCAUCCACAUCGGCCUCAAGAAAUUUUUCUAAUUUUAAAUCUUAAAUAAGUUCUUCACCCGCGUGAAUUCCUAUCCCUUAUUCUCUUCAUGAUAAACUGACUGAGGAAAGAAUGAAAAAAAAAAAUUGAAAAAAAUGAUUAUUCAGGUGGAGCUGUCAGUCUAGACCGAAAAUAUGGAAUAUUAGUGAAUGAUUGACAUCUCCACCGAGUCCUUUGGCUGUGCCAUUAUCUUCACGUAGAUUUAUCCGCCUGUGACGCGUCAUUCCCUCAAUUAUCAAUUAAUUUUUUUUCUGUCCUAUUGCGUAUUGGCAUUAUCUCGUGACUCACUGGCGCAAGUAACUGGUACAAGCGUGAGAAUAUUCUCAAAGUAAUCAGCUUUUCUGGUGGGUAAUUUGAUGAUACGUUAGACCCUCGACACGUCACAAUUAUUGUUUCCGACGAGUUAUUGUUGUGAAUUUGAAAAUGGCGAGUUCAUUGGAAAAUCUAUCUGAGAAAAGGAAAUUAGCAAUGAAGAAAAUAAUUAGGACUCAUUAUCGUUAGGCUUAGCGAGAUACUAGAUGAAAAUGACAUGUGUCGAAAUUUAUUGUAAUAUAUUUACACAUAUUUUUUUUUUUUAUUCGUUUACGUCGGUGUGCGCGAUUUGGUGAAUACAGAUUUAUCUAGGAAACGCUCAGCGUAAAGGCGCACACGUCAGUUUAGAUAAGUCUAGGUGUAAUUUAGGAUUAAGAACAGAGUAUAUGUUUUUUCUAGGGGCCUCUGUCGGCGUUUGAGGUGACAAUCGGUAGCAGAGAAAGAAUUUCCUGGGGUUGGAGAUGUUAAUGUUAAUGCGUUUUUUCAUGGAUUUUUUUCGGGAAUUUUCAGAUUGAAUUUUUAAUUCCGAGGACAUUUCUUUCGCUGGGUUUUAUUUGAUGGUUGGUGGAUGUGUAUUAUCCGUUGUUCCUGAUUUUUCUGUUUUUCUUGAGUCAAAUCAAUUUUUUCGACGAUUUUUUGAUGAUUUAGUACGUAAAUCCCUCGAUUUUUCGUCGAAAUAUCUUUCUACUUGUCUCUUGAUGAGAUUUAUCAUUGGAAUGAAUAUCUGGGAUCUUUUGAAAUCACACAAAAGAUAUUUUUUGGUCGUUAAAAAUUGUCAAGAUAAUUUUACUCCUCUUAGAACAAUGAAUUGAUCAUCGAGAGAAUUUUCCGAAUUUUUCCCCGGCUUUCAUCGCGAGUAUCUCGAAAAGGAAGUGAUUUACGGAAAAAUGUGUUGGAACAUUUUUUGCGGAGAAUUUAUCACUCCACAAAAAGUUCCUUCACCGUUAUUCUCUAGAUGCUGUAAUUUCGGAGAUAUCGACGAAAUAAGCCGGCUGGGAUUAUCGAUUUUCACGUACUACUUUACGUACUGUUGAAAUCAAGAAAAACAGUGAUUAAAUGAUAAAUAAAUCUUCGAAUAGUGGAAGGCUGGAGUGUUUGGGACUGGCCUAUCAAAGCCACGUUCCCAAUUCCGCGGAUGAUCCUUUCUUCAGCCCUAAACAAUCGAAGACAGUUCAAUAAAAAAAUAUCGUACUAACGAAUUGAUAGAAAUAAAUCGUCAAAGACAAAAAAAAAAAUAAACAAAUACCGAUGGGUCAUCACAGCGAUUUCCUACAGAGCCCCCAAAAACUAGCCCUUAUUCUACGUUACCCAAGAGUUUAAGCAUUGAUCUCCUGUACGAAUCCACUAAAGUACAGCCGAUGCCAAAUCACUACCCUCUUUUCUGCUUCUUCAAUUCAUUUAUCUUUCCUAAUUACACCUGUGAGACCAAGGAAUUUCUCCCAAUUCUCUUUCAGGAGAGAUUACUUAAGCGAACAACUAUAUUAAAGAUGUUUUCAUGAUUUAUUAUAAAGAUUGAGUGAAAAAAGUAAUAACGAAGAAUAAACGAAUUUAUAUUGACAACAGGAGAAUUAAUUUUGGCCAGAGUUUUGCCUAUCUUUAAUCCUUGGUCCUCACACUGAGAGAAACAUUUUUUUUUUUUUGUCAAGUGGUCGGUUAGUUCUGGGGAAUAUUUACGUUUCGAAUUUUGUUUUCCUCCCGCUGAAUUAUCUGAUGAUUACUUUGUUGAUUCAACAUUUUUCGACAAAUUCAUUUUGUAUGAAAAUUAAUUGAAUGAUAUUUCGAAUAGGAGGAAAAUAAUACAGGGAAUUAUUGAGUGUUGAAAUUGCAUGCGUUAAUUUGGAAUAUUUUUAUUUGAUAAAUUUCCAAGAUUUUUCAUAUCUCAUUAAUUACAGAGGGAAUUCCCCGAAAAUUAUAAUUGACUUUUGAGAGCUAAAUCUGGUCUUUAGGGCGAUAUAAUUCUCGUAAUUGAAAGCUAUGAGCAAUUCUCAGGUGACCGGAUAUUUGGCAAAAAAAAAUAUUUUUCUCAGUGCAAAAAUAUCUCGGAAUUAUCUCACAACUUCGGCUAUCCUUCGAGUUCUGCGUCAUUUCCUGUCCUUUGAACCUUUUCAUCCCCUUCCUCCCUUUCACUUUUUUCUACUUCAUUUCGAGAUUAUAGUCAAAAAAUACGACUAGUGGUUACAAGCUAUUUCUUCGAUUUAAAAAAAAACGUACAAACUGCUGAGGGAUAAUUGUUCUAUUAAAUUCAAUCCUCGAAAUUCAGGGGGAGAAAUCUAUUGAUCGUAUGAAUUUUUCCCUCGUGUUCCUCAAAUCGUGUUCGAUCAAAUUUUGUAAAAAUAAAAAUUAUAAUUACGCUGAGUCAGAGUUAAUCAUUGAGGGAUUUUUAUCUCUCGAAUCAACCAAAUUGGAAAGAAAUUGGAUUCGUUGAGCUUUUUUUUAUCGGUAUAGUAGUGCUUUUAUUUUUUUAAAAGUCGAAGGGUUUAAUUUCUUCACAAGCAAAUUUUUCAGUAGAGAAUAAGCAAAAAAUAUGGGAAGAAAAAGCCUAGAAAUACAAAAAAAAAAAUAAUGAAAACAAAUAAAUGUAACCCUGUGAUGUAUUAGUAUGAUCUCAGUAAACAUUAAAUUAGUGUGUAAUUUUUACGUGUAAAGUUACGAUUUGAAAGUAAUUAUGGUAAUGAGGUGGAGUGACAGAUGUGUGUGUGUGUGUGAUGAAUGGGUGGAGUAAUUGAUAAAA